AUGAUUUUGACUGGAGCGGCUUUUGUAGACCAGGAUUUGGCUUUUGGGAGGUAUUGGAGUGAAACAGCAAGGGUUGGGAGAGCAAUGGUGGACAAGUAUUUUAACUGUGAGGAUGUGCUGUUGAACUACCUGUAUGCAAAUGCAAGCUUGUCCCAGACAGUGGAGUACGUGAGGCCGAAAUGGGCAAUUGACACGUCCAAGUUAUCAGGUGUUGCAAUUAGCAGGAACACAGAUGAGCAUUACCAUCUCAGAAGCAAUUGCCUUACGAAUUUUGCAGAGAUCUAUGGAAGUUUAGCUGAACGGAAGGUGGAGUUUAAUGGCAGGAAGGAUGGUUGGGAUUUGUGUGCAUAG